UCUGCAUCUAACGACGAGAACGACUAGUUUUGCUUCUCUCCCCGCCCCUCUCCGGCAAGCGGCAGAAGAUGGCGGUAAUGCAGCAGGUUGUGCUGAGUUCAGGGAGGAGGAUGCCGGUUCUCGGCAUGGGGACGGCCACAUACCCGGUGCCGCCCGACGAGAUCAUGACGUCGGCGGUGAUUGACGCCAUCGAGCUCGGCUACCGCCACUUCGACACCGCCAGCAUCUACGGGUCGGAGCGGGCUGUUGGCCAGGCCAUAGCGACUGCCCUGGAAAGAGGGCUCAUCAGGAGCCGCGACGAGCUCUUCGUCACCACCAAACUGUGGUGCACCGACAUGCACGCGGACCGCGUUGUCCCUGCACUGCAAGAGUCUCUCAGGACUUUGGGUUUGGAGUACAUCGAUCUGUAUCUUAUCCACUUCCCUGUUAGAUUAAAAGGUGACAAACAAAUAAUAUUCACCAGCGAGGACAUGAUUCCCUUGGACAUGCCAACUGUGUGGGAAGCAAUGGAGAAAUGUCAAAGUCUUGGUUUAGCUAAAUCUAUCGGAGUUAGCAACUUCACAUGCAGGAAGCUAGCUGACCUACUUAGUCAUGCAAAAAUUCCACCUGCUGUGAACCAGGUGGAAAUAAAUCCUAUUUGGCAGCAAAGAAAACUACGAGACUUCUGCUCAGAGAAGGGAAUCCAUGUAACUGCAUAUUCUUUGCUAGGUGCAAUUGGAGUCUUUUGGGGGAGUAAUGAUGUGUUGGAAUGUGAAGAGGUCAAAAGAAUUGCUCAGUCUACGGGAAAAAGCAGAGCCCAGGUAUGCUUAAGGUGGGGCGUCGAGCAAGGUGGGAGCAUUGUAGUGAAAAGUUUUAACAAGGAAAGGCUCAAAGAGAACAUGGAGAUAUUUGACUGGCAUCUGAAAGAGGAGGACAAGGAAAGAUUGAGCCUAGUACCACAGAAAAGGCUCAUUCUGGUUCACCCAUUUAUAUCACCCAAUGGUUUGUACAAGUCUCAUGCUGAAUUUUGGGAUGGUGAUGUGUAGAUUACACAGCAUCAUGAAACAUAGUGAAGGAUGCAUGUCAUCCCCAAAUUGCCAAUUUACAUUUACAAUUGUCAUAGCUAAUGCCUACCAUUCUUGCAUGCCAUUCUAAAAUUUUGAAUGAAUUUUGGGUGAUCACGACUC